AUGAGUUUCUGCAAAUGGGUUUCUUUUGUUUUGAUCAUCGACUUGCUCAACUCUUGUCAGAUUUCAUCUUCAUCUCCCUUAACCUCAAAUGGGUUCUCUCAAAUCCCUCGAAAUUUUCUUGCUUUAGCUAAAAGAGAAGAUUUUUUCGACUGGAUGGUUGGGAUCAGAAGAAAAAUCCAUGAGAAUCCGGAGUUAGGUUACGAGGAAGUAGAGACAUCUAGGCUCGUUAGGACAGAGCUGGAGAAGAUGGGAGUGUCUUACAAGUACCCAGUUGCUCUAACCGGUGUUAUUGGUUAUGUCGGAACUGGUCAAGCCCCUUUUGUUGCCUUGAGAGCAGACAUGGACGCACUUGCUAUGCAGGAGAUGGUGGAAUGGGAGCACAAGAGUAAG